CCGACACUUCAGUUGUUUCUUAAAAGCCGGUCGAAGCUGUUGUAUAGAGUCGGUUAGUGCGCGAACGUUGUGGGAAUUUUUAUUUAUUGGUGCUCGCUACCAACAAUAACAACAACAACACGUUGUCGAAGUGAAGUGCAUACGAUUUUUUUCGAUUUACGAAGAUUUAAAGUUGAAAUAGAAAAAGUGCAGCGCAGUGAAUUUGGCUUUCUUAUGCGAGGAAGUAUCAAAAAAAGAAAAGAAUUGGCGCAUUAAACAAUUAAAUCGCAAAAAAAUUACAGUUGCCCGCAUUUUUGUUUACAUUUACAAGCGGAGCCAAGAAAAAAAUAAUAAUUUUCCGCUGUGAAAGGUGAAUAAUACAAAGCGCAUACGAAGUGAUGUAAAGCAACAAACGAAAUUAAAGUGAAGUACCUACAUAUUUAACGACACCAAAAGUGACGAUGCCGAGGCCAAAGAAUAAGCAAAGGCAGUAAGUGAAGAGAAGUGAAAGAAAGUAACACGAAACUAGUGUGUUUGGGUAGCAAAAACGAGGAAGAAGAAGCAGAAGACAAGCAAACCAAAAGUCGAAAAUGUAGAAGUGUGGAGGCGCAAUGCAAAUGCAAUUGGAGUAAAUACACACACUUAAACAUACAUACAUACAUAUGCAUAUGCAUGAGUGUUAUUCAAGCGAAUGAGUACAGUGAUGCGCUUUGCAAUUGUUACAAUUUAAUUUAAUUGGAGUGCUCAACAAAUGAGGUGAAAAAUAAUAACAAAACAACAAAAAGAAAAGAAUAAUAAUAAAAGCGAAACAAAUACGUAUAUGAAGUGUGUGCUAAGAAUACAUAAAAAAUUGCUAUAAAUCAAGUGUUAUUAAUGUGAGCGGAAAGUGUAAUUGAAACAAAGUAAAAAAAUUUUAACAAAGUAAAAAAAAUUGAAAUAAAGUGAAAACAUUUUAAACAAAGUUGAAAAAAGUUUAAACAAAGUGCAAAAAAAAUUUAAAAAGCUAUAAUAAUUAACUGAAUAAAUAAGUGGAAUAAUAUUAGCAAAUUGGCAGCUAGCUUGUGUUAGUGCUAAUGAAAACAUGCAAAUUAAUACUCAAACAUAAAAGCAAUUCUAGACACCUUUAAUGCGAAAGCUCUCCAAUUGUCUGGUUGGACGCGCAAUUCGUCUUUAUUGCAACAAAAGCCAAAAACAAAGAAUUCUCCGUAAAGUGCUUACAGAAACGUGUUAUUUAAGCGGUGUGAAUAUAUAAAUACAUACAUACAUACACACAUAUGUAUAUGGUGUAUACUGGUGCUUGUGUGCUUAAGGUUAAACCAGCAGUUACUCGCGAUCGAUUACAUUUUUGUGGAUUUAAGCAAAAUUUUCAAUUCGUUGGAAAAUAAAUUCGUUAAGUGGUGGCUUCUUUAAGCAAAAUUUGUGCCGAUUAUAUACACACACAUACACAUAUGCAUACAUGUGAAUGUACAGCGAGACAACAGGUUAUUUGCUUGUGAGUAAUUUAUUAAAGAACAAAUUGAUCUCCGUGCUCCAAAAGAUUUCAUCCACCAUCAACAAUAGCGAUAUAAGAUUCAACAAAAACAAAUUUGAUGAGAUAAACAAGAAACUAAACUUUAAUCGAGUCUUUUUUGUUGAUAACUACAAUUGAUCAUCAAUUUACUUAGAUAUUUUGAGUAUUUCCUCAAUACUCACACACACGUACGCUAUUUGAUCUCACAAGCGCUAUUCGAUUGUAACGGGAGUUGUUUUGCGCUGGCGGAUCAAAGCAGCUGUUGCUCCAAGCGACACACAGACACCAUCACACACACACUCAUAUAUACAUGAACGGCGCAAUAAAUGCACGCAAAUGUGCAACAUUAUCCGCAAAUAUGUAAAAGCCAAUGUCAACAGCGAAACAACUGCCACAGCAACAACACCUACAACAACAACAACCACCACCAACAGCCAGCAAUAGCAACACAGAGCAAAGUAUAAAAGCAGGAAAUCACAUUUUGAGAUUUACACAAGUCAAAGCGGGCGCAACAAAGCAGAAAAAACACGAAAAAUACCACAGCAACAAUAACAAAGGAGCAGCAAAAAAAGCUAUACACCAAUUACAAACAACCGUCAGUGUGUACUGCUAAUUACAAAGUGACACAAUACUGCUGUUAAGUUGCACUGGUAUUAUAGCAAAAUAAGAGCCAACACAAAGCGGUAAACAACCGUUAACUCCCAAAGGCGACAAAAUAAUCAAAAAGCAAGCCAACAAAUAACGGACACAUAAACGAACCGCCAACGCAAAGGAUUCACUGCAAGGACGUUAAUUAAUCACAGGCUUGUGCAGAAAACGAACUUGCCACAGCAACACUACCACACAUAUAUAUAUAUACAACACGCACACUCGGCAAACAAAGCAAUCAAGCAAUCAGCAACACGCCCAAAACAACCGCCGACACUGCAACAACGAAAGCUUAGCUGGAUAUCACAGAUUGGCUAAAGCAAGCUGACAGACACCAAAAGGCAACGUAUAGCUAACGGUCAGGCAUUGCCACAUUGCGGCGCGCAAUAGCGAGGAGUUAAUAAUACGCCUGUUGCGGACACCGGCACUGUAAGCGCAGCAGGCAAUUAUCGAUAAUAGCGGACAGUUGAGAAGCUGUAGCAACCGGAAAGGCAGAGUUGCACGCGCCACAAAGGUAAACGCGUGCAACACGAAGCAGCAUUACACACACACACACGCAGAGAGGAUAUGUUAAGCCACACUGAUAAGCGUGUGGCAAGUUGUUGCAGCAACAGCAACAACAGCAAUAUGCGUAAUCAACAGCAUUAUACAGCGAACUGCGAAGCCAGCAGUUGCGAAAAUACAACAACAAAACACAUCAACUCUGCGCGACAACAACAUGAACACAACACGCGCUCUUCCAUGUCACUGGCGCUACUCACACAAACGUUGCUCUUGCUAUUGCUGCUCGUAAGCAUCUCGCCCACGGAUGGCAACCCCGACUGGAUGCAACACUGCAGCAUGUGCCAUUGCAAUUGGAACUCGGGCAAGAAGACUGCCGAUUGCAAGGCGCGCUCACUCACCGCCAUACCCGACGAUCUGAGCAACGAAAUGCAAGUUGUGGACUUCUCGAAUAAUCUGAUACCCGAGUUGAGGCGUGAAGAGUUCGCCGAAGCGAACUUGCAGAAUCUGCAUAAGAUCUUCUUGCGUAAUUGCACGAUACAAGAGGUGAACCGUGAUGCGCUCAAAGGUCUACCCAUACUCAUCGAACUGGAUAUGUCGCACAAUUUCAUACGUGAACUGCAUGUGGGCACGUUCAGUGGGCUGGAGAAGUUGCGCACACUCGUCAUGAAUUACAAUGAAAUCGAAGUGUUGGAGAAUUAUCUCUUUGUCGACUUACCAUUUCUAUCGCGCGUCGAAUUCAAGAAUAAUCGGCUGAAGCAAGUCGAAGUGCAUGCCUUCGGUAAGCAGCCGAUGUUGUCGGCCAUCUACCUGGAAGCAAACGCGUUGUAUGUGCUGCGCAAAGAGACCUUCACACGCAUACCGAAACUGACGCAUCUAUCGCUGGCGCAGAAUCCCUGGAACUGCACGUGCGAACUGCAAGCCUUACGUGACUUCGCGCUCGCCAAUCGUCUGUAUACACCGCCCACAGACUGCGCAGAACCGCCAGCGUUGCGUGGCAAGCUUUGGACCGAUGUACCAUCGGAGAACUUUGCCUGUCAGCCACACAUACUCGGCUCGGUGCGUUCGUUUGUCGAAGUGCAAUCGGAUAAUAUAACACUGCCGUGUCGUGUCGAAGGUACGCCGCGCCCAAAUAUCACCUGGAUCUACAAUCGACGCGCCAUCAAUCCGAAUGAUCAACGUUUUCGUGUGCUCAACUCGCUCGAACAACAGCCGGUCAUCAGCUCCGACCCGUUGCAGUCGAUCACCUCUGAGUUGCGCAUUUUCAAUGUGCGCGCCAGCGAUAAGGGUGUCUACACUUGCAUAGCCGAGAAUCGUGGCGGCAAAGCGGAGGCUGAAUUUCAAUUGAUCGUCGAUGGUGAUUUCUUUGGCGCGCUCGAAGGUAUCGGCGUCGGUAUGGGCGCCUCCACCACAGACACGCAAUCGAAUUUCCUACUCGUCAUCUGUUUGAUUGUCAUCACCGUGCUGUUGAUACUCAUGUGCGUGCUACUCAUUGCCUGCUGGUAUUGUCGACGUGCACGCUCUUAUCAAAAGGAUGCGACCAUGAUGAGUGAGAACGGUUUGAUAUCGACGAAAAUGGACAAGACCAAUAGUUCGAUGUUGGAGGGUUCGGUGAUAAUGGAAAUGCAGAAGAGUCUGCUCACCGAGGUGAAUCCGGUUGAGAAGCCGCCGCGUCGCACCGAACUGGAGAAUGUCGAUGGCAGCGAUGAGGGGCAUGAAAUCAAGAAGACACUACUGGAUGAAUCACAAUUCGGCAAUCACCCGCGCGACGAUGAAACCCACUCAGUCGCUCUGUCGGAUGCCAACGCACCACGCGUACGCCACACCUACAUCGACGACACCUAUGGCACCAGCCUGCCGCCCGAUCUGCUCGCCUUCCCGGCACGCGUGCCGCCCACCUCACCUUCCAUGCAAUCGUCGCACAGCAACAUACCGGAACAAAUCAUCUAUGGCAUACGCUCACCACCGCUCACCAGCCCCGUGUACGCGCACAUGACGCCACAUGGCAUCUACGGCACCACAACCAUUGCUGCCGCCACACCCAACGGUUUCAUGACACUACAACAUCCGAAAUCGCGCAACUUGGCGCUCAUUGCGGCGGCCAACAAUCGUCAGCAGCUGCAACAGCAACAUGUACACGCCCACCUGCCGCCGCAGCAGCAUGGCGGUGCACACCAACAGCAAUCACCGUUCUUGCCAGCGCCCGUUAUGUACUCACCCACCACAGCGGUGGUGAUGAAGCAAGGCUACAUGACGAUACCGCGCAAACCGCGCGUUCCCAGCUGGGCGCCCUCCACAUCCACCACAAAUGCCACACAACUGAGCGAAUUCCAAUCGCCCACAUCGCCAAAUCCCAGCGAAACUGGCACCGCCACCACAGCCGAACUGCAAGCGGAGCCCGUGUACGACAAUCUCGGUCUGCGCACAACAGCCGCCGGCAACUCGACGUUAAACUUGCACAAAGUACAUCCGGAGGCGAGUAGCGGCGCUGCGACAUCGACGCGCUACACAAUGCGCGACCGCCCGCUACCGGCAACGCCGAGCCUUACUUCGGUGGCGUCAUCGAGCGCAUCGGCCGCCAUGCAGCAACAGCCGCAGCCGCAGCCACAGCAAGCGCAGCAACAGCAGCUGCAACAACACACGCCAACAAAACAAAACAAAGGUGCCGCGAGCACAUCGGCGGCUGCCGCGACUGCAGCGAAAAUCUACGAGCCCAUACACGAGCUGAUGCAUAAUCAUCAUAUGACAACGACCUCCGACACGGAGCCGCUUUAUGGCACCGCGCGACAUCACAACGGUCUCACCAUUGUGCCGAGCAUCAGCGGCAGCAGCGCACUGAACACUUCCAGCAGCACGAACGCGUCGAUGGGUGAGCCCACGAAAGUGGCGAAAAUACCGCCACGCCCACCACCAAAGCCGAAGAAGAAGAUGUCGGUGACAGCGACACGCGGCGGCCAAGGCAGCACCAGCCAACUGUUCGACGACGAGGGGGAGGACGGCACUGAAGUUUAGUUGCACGACAACAAUGGCGGCGACAGCAACAGCAACACCAACGACAACAGCGACGACGCCACCUAAAAGUUUGCGCGAAAAAAUGGCAGCUCAUAACAGUAAACCAUAUGCAGUGACAGCGUGGAGCAGCAACGAAAAUGUAUGGUAAAUAUGCGAAAGCGUAGUGUAUAGGUAUAUGUAAGUAAGUACGUACAUAUGUAUAUGUAUAGAUAGGUAUGCAUGCAAUAGUUAGUUGGAAAAUAAUUGGAAAUCAACUAAAGAAAGGUACGCGGUUCGCUGACGCCUCUGGCGGGUGUGGUGAAUUCGGUUGGUGGAUAUGUUUUGGGGUGUAUACAUAAACGUAGCAGACGACAACCCCACUUUUAGCCUUCCUUUGCAGCUGCGGUGACAGUUACCUGUGGGUUGAACAUGUGGAUGUAGAUUUGAUAUGUGCAUAACUGUCAAAAUAGCUGACGUGUUAUUGCCAUGGAAAUAUUUUUUUGUAUCCUUUAAUCCAGUAUUCCAAUCUAAAAUUUUGGCCCACCAGUUUUAAUUAUGCUUCAUUUAUGCAGUGACGACUUUCCGUCUAAUUUACACAUUCUUCUUUGUUUCCAGUUUUUUCUUUUUAAAUUCGAAUUUAAGCGAUUGAAAAUAUUUCACAAAUAAUCUUGGUAAAUGCUACGGAAUUGAGGGUCCUUGACCAUAGGCAAAUUCAGAUUCAUUCCGGUUACGCAGACCCGACUGUUUAGGAAACGCAUAAACUUAAAGCUCAAAAGUUUCAAAGCUCAUCUUUGGGUAUAAUCACUAGUCCUUGUUGACUUAUUAAAUAUUUAAUCCCUAUCUGGUUCACAUAAGUUCUUUAAUAUAUUAUGAAGACCAUCAGAUAAUAAUUACUGUUAUAAUGAAAUUCACCACAUUUUUUCACAUAUCUUUCGAUGCGUGAUGAAGCACUCUGAUUAAAGGGUGCUAAAAUAUGACGGCGCUACGACCAUGCUGUGGUGAGAUAUUAAAAAAUAGUAUGGUGAAAAAGUGCAUAUCAGUCUAAGCUGAAGCUCUUCAACUUCCCAUCACCUUCAUCCUAGAUAAAGAAUUCAGCCUUUCAUAAUGAAUACUUCAUGCGGUGAAAUACUGAAAAAAUUCAUUCGUCUGAGCUUGAGCUAAAUAAGUUUCGACUUAUCAGAUAAUAACCUUAUCUUUGUUUGCAUCAUUACGCGAUAAAAUGUAUGAUGAAAUAUUGAAAAUAGUGUGGUGAAAAAUUCAUAUUGAUCUGAACUUAAGCUAUGUAUAUAAUUUCCCAUCAUCUCCGUCUCAGAUAAUAAGCUUAUCAUGUUUGUUUCCAGCAUCAAG